CACAAUCUCGUCGACUAUUAUAGUAGUACUAGAGGCCGCAACCGAGCUAUCCGGAUAGUUGUUCAACAGGGUGUCAAUGAAGUGGCGGGCCGCUUUGUUUGUCGCGGCGGCGGCGGUGUCGAGUGGCGUGACGUUGUGGCUGUGUUCGACGCUGUACUAUCAAUACAUCGUACAUUCAUGCGGGUCGCAAGCGAUGGAGGGUGGCGGCACGCGAGUCGUCGUCGUCAGUGAUGCACACAUGCUGGGCCACCGAAAGCGAUCGACGGUGGAACGGCUGUGGGUGGACUGGCAAGCAUGGCUGUCCUUCACGACGAUCGUGUCCAGGAGGAGACCAGACUUAAUCGUGUUCCUCGGUGACCAAUUCGACGAAGGCACUGCCGCCACGAACAACGUUGUGCACAAGGAGUACAUUGCUCGGUUUCGAGAAAUCUUCGACCCGAACGUGGCGCAAAGCCUUCAUUUGCUUGGCAACCACGAUGCUGCGUUUGGUCCUGGGUUGACGGCGCCGCUGGUCGGUCGCCACGAGCGAGAAUUUGGACCGGCCAAUCGCGUCGUGAAUGUUAACAACGUGCUCUUCCUGCAGCUGAACACGAUGGCCUUGGAAUCCGACGUGCUGGACCAGCAAGUGCACCACGACGCCAUGGCGUACGACCACCCGCCAUAUUUGCUUUGUCCAUAUGAAGUCUCUCCAUGUCCAUUGAUCGUGUCUUCCCGCAGGUUCUUAGACAGUGUCGAAGAGAAGCGCCGCAGCACUGGCUUCCCCCCACUGGUGCUGCUGACCCACUUGCCACUGUACCGUCCCGACGAUCUGGCCUGCGGAGCCCAGCGAGCAGCCGAGUCUGGCCACAUCACGUACGAAGCGCCGUCGUUCAAGUACACGGAGCGCCACCACGUGCUGUCUAAAGCUCUGUCCGAGAGGCUGCUGGCAACGAUUCGGCCGGUGCUGGUGCUGUCUGGCCACAGCCACGCCACGUGUGCCCAUGCCCACCGGGUGCACUAUCAACCCCAUCCCGUCCAAGAAUACACAAUCCCGACCUUUUCCUGGGGCAUGCGACCAGAUCCAUCGUACCGUGUUCCUGUCCAUGGAGCUAGUAUUACUACUUCGGCAUGGUAGGUUCGCCAUCUUGACGGUCCUCGACACCUUGCCCACGGCCAGUAAGGACGACCCAUCGUCCGUGGGCCUGCACUUGGCCACAUGCAGCCUGCCGCGCGAAAGCCACUUUGUUGCAGUGCUAGUACUGGCGGCAGGGCUGCACGCGUCGGUGGCAUGGGUGAUAUACAGCCACCUGUGGCCAUCGCGGCCCCUCCACUCGCCUCGAAACGAUUGAAACUGUCAAGCAAGGUCACGAGCGAUGAAUCGUGCUUGUUUGUAUCAGUAUUCGUUGAACGUGAUACUCGGGGCCUGUUCCAAGUAGAUAUUUUUAGCAAAUGAUCAAUUUUGGUUCCAAGUACAGUUUCCUACUUUUUUUAAAACGAAGAUGCCAAUUUAAAGAGACGUCGUCG